CUUCGCUUAACAAUUAACGUUAAAAAUUUAACCCUUCCCCCUAUCGUUUUUCGGUAUUUUUCUAGCUUUAACUUUGAAAAUGGUGGUUUAAAUCUCGGCUGGUUAGUAGUAUUCUUUUACAUUUACUUAAACCUGGUUGCUUUUUCUUUUUGGGCGCGACUUUCUACUCAAGAGUAUUCAAUAUGAAAAGGGGAGAUCGGUUCCUUUGUUGUAGGCUUAGGUACAGGUUUCUACACGUUACUUAUAGUACUAGGUGCAACCUUCCACUUCGCCUGUAGAACUAAGUGCAGCUUUCUACUUUAUUUGAUGUACAGCUUUCCACACUCUUAUAGAUAUAGUUUCUAAACUACUGAACACUUACUUCGCGGGUAAAGAUAUAGGGGAAAAUGGACGUGAAUUUGUAUUUAGGCAUAUUUAUUUAUUGAAUACUUCUUUCUCCAGAAAGGGAUAUAUUUGAAGAAUGUUUUUAUUUAGAACAAUAAAAUGAGAUCCAUAAUAAAAGCGCCAGAAAAUGUUAUUAAACUCGUCACCAUUUUCUUUUUUCUUUUAAUCUAUUAGCAACUUUUAUUUUUCUGUUGAUAGGUCAAGGUUUUAAAUUAGUUUCGUAAAUGUAGAAAAUAAUUACUGUAAUUUUUUACAUUGUAAAGAAUGAGUUUU